AUGACUAUUGCUGAUGCUUCCAAAGUUAAUCAUGAGUUGUCUUCUGAUGACGAUGACGAUGUGCCAUUAUCUCAAACUUUAAAAAAAAGAAAGGUGGCGUCCAUGAACUCUGCCUCUCUUCAAGACGAAGCGGAACCUUAUGAUAGUGAUGAGGCAAUCUCUAAGAUUUCCAAGAAAAAGACUAAGAAAAUAAAGACCGAACCAGUGCAAUCGUCGUCAUUACCAUCGCCUCCAGCAAAGAAAAGCGCGACAUCAAAGCCUAAAAAAAUCAAGAAAGAAGAUGGUGAUGUAAAGGUAAAAACAACUAAAAAGGAAGAACAGGAGAACGAAAAAAAGAAACGAGAAGAAGAAGAAGAGGAGGACAAGAAAGCGAAGGAGGAGGAGGAAGAAUAUAAAUGGUGGGAAAAAGAAAACGAAGAUGACACCAUAAAAUGGGUCACACUGAAGCAUAACGGUGUUAUAUUCCCUCCACCAUACCAGCCCUUACCAUCUCACAUCAAAUUAUAUUACGAUGGGAAGCCAGUAGAUUUACCUCCGCAAGCUGAAGAAGUAGCCGGGUUCUUUGCUGCCCUAUUAGAGAGUGAUCAUGCCAAAAAUCCUGUUUUCCAAAAGAACUUCUUCAAUGAUUUCUUGCAAGUACUGAAAGAAAGUGGUGGUCCCCUCAAUGGAAUUGAGAUAAAGGAAUUUUCUCGUUGCGAUUUCACCAAAAUGUUUGAUUACUUCCAGUUACAAAAAGAACAGAAAAAGCAACUGACUUCCCAAGAAAAGAAACAGAUUCGUUUGGAAAGAGAAAAAUUCGAGGAAGAUUAUAAAUUCUGUGAAUUAGAUGGCAGAAGGGAACAAGUAGGGAAUUUCAAGGUUGAACCUCCUGAUCUAUUUAGAGGUCGUGGCGCUCACCCAAAAACAGGCAAAUUGAAGAGAAGAGUGAAUCCUGAGGAUAUCGUUUUAAAUCUAAGUAAAGACGCACCCGUUCCGCCAGCCCCAGAAGGGCACAAGUGGGGUGAAAUCAGACACGACAAUACCGUUCAAUGGUUAGCCAUGUGGAGAGAGAAUAUUUUCAACUCAUUCAAAUACGUCAGAUUGGCAGCGAACUCUUCAUUGAAGGGUCAAAGUGACUACAAGAAGUUUGAAAAGGCGAGACAAUUGAAAUCCUAUAUCGAUGCCAUCAGAAGGGAUUACACGAGAAAUUUGAAAAGCAAAGUUAUGCUAGAGCGCCAAAAGGCCGUAGCCAUUUAUUUGAUCGAUGUAUUCGCUUUAAGAGCCGGUGGUGAAAAAUCCGAAGAUGAAGCCGAUACUGUGGGUUGUUGUUCAUUGCGAUAUGAGCAUGUUACUUUGAAACCUCCGAAUACUGUUAUCUUUGAUUUCUUAGGUAAGGAUUCUAUUAGAUUUUAUCAAGAGGUAGAAGUUGACAAACAAGUUUUCAAAAAUUUGACAAUUUUUAAAAGGCCGCCCAAACAGCCAGGACAUCAACUGUUUGAUCGUCUAGAUCCAUCUAUACUGAACAAAUAUCUACAAAACUACAUGCCGGGAUUGACUGCUAAAGUUUUCCGUACAUAUAAUGCUUCCAAAACAAUGCAAGAUCAACUGGAUCUAAUUCCAAAUAAAGGAUCUGUCGCAGAGAAAAUAUUGAAGUACAACGCAGCAAAUAGAACUGUAGCCAUCCUAUGUAACCAUCAAAGGACUGUCACGAAGGGGCAUGCACAAACAGUGGAAAAGGCCAAUAAUAGAAUACAAGAGUUGGAAUGGCAAAAGAUUCGUUGCAAGAGGGCCAUUUUACAAUUGGAUAAGGAUCUUUUAAAGAAAGAGCCAAAAUAUUUCGAAGAAAUCGACGAUUUGACGAAAGAAGAUGAAGCCACCAUUCACAAGAGAAUUAUUGAUAGAGAAAUUGAAAAAUAUCAGCGAAAAUUUGUUAGGGAGAACGAUAAGAGGAAAUUUGAAAAGGAAGAAUUAUUGCCGGAAAGUCAAUUGAAGGAAUGGUUGGAGAAAGUCGACGAAAAGAAACAAGAAUUCGAAAAGGAAUUGAAAACCGGUGAAGUGGAACUGAAAUCAAGUUGGAAUUCAGUCGAAAAAAUAAAAGCACAAGUAGAGAAAUUAGAACAGCGUAUCCAAACUAGUUCCAUUCAGUUGAAAGAUAAAGAGGAAAACUCCCAGGUUUCACUGGGCACUUCCAAAAUCAAUUAUAUAGACCCUAGACUUUCUGUGGUAUUUUGCAAAAAGUAUGAUGUUCCGAUUGAAAAGAUUUUUACAAAAACCCUAAGAGAAAAAUUCAAAUGGGCCAUAGAAUCGGUAGAUGAAAAUUGGAGGUUUUAA